AUGUUCAAGUGUCAGAUGUCAUGUUUCUUGCUGCUAAAGGGGUCUUUCAGAUUCCCUGAGAUGGGAUGUGAUGCGUCGGUCAUGAUUCAGUCAACGCCUAACAACAAAGCCGAGAAGGAUCAUCCAGACAACAUUUCUUUGGCGGGAGAUGGAUUUGAUGUUGUGAUCAAAGCCAAGGAAGCUCUUGACAAAAUCCCAAGUUGCAAAAACAAAGUUUCUUGUGCUGAUAUUCUUGCCUUAGCCACCCGAGAUGUUGUUGUUGCGGCAAAGGGACCGUGGUACCAAGUGGAACUCGGUAGGCGUGACGGUUUGGUGUCGACAGCAGCUAGCGUCAACGGAAACUUGCCAGGACCAAACGACAAAGUUACCCAACUCAACAAUCUCUUUGCCAAAAACAAACUUACGCAAGAGGAUAUGAUUGCUCUCUCAGCGGCUCACACCCUCGGAUUCGCUCAUUGUAGCAAAGUAUUCAACAGAAUCUACAACUUCAACCGCACACACUCCGUUGAUCCAACUCUAAACAAAGAGUACGCUCUACAUCUUCAAAGGUCUUGUCCCAAGAAAGUCGACCCAAGAAUCGCCAUUGACAUGGACCCAGUCACUCCACGAAAGUUCGACAACGUUUACUUCAAGAAUCUGCAAAACGGCAAAGGACUCUUCACUUCCGAUCAAGUUCUCUUCACCGAUCGCCGCUCUAGGCCCACCGUUGACGCUUGGGCCAAGAACUCACCUGCUUUCAACGCUGCUUUCAUAAAAGCUAUGACCAAACUCGGCCGCGUUGGCGUUAAGGUUGGAAGCAACGGUAACAUCCGUCGCGACUGUGGAGCGUUUAACUAA